AAAACUUAAACCUUCUUAAAAUCCAAAUUUUAUAAAACCCUAGUAGCUAAAGUCUAAACCUAUGUCUCCUCCUUCUUUCUCCGAACAUUGUCUUUCUCAUACAACCAUGUUUAUGACUCUUUGUAUUGUUUUCUUCUUGGUUUUUGGUUCUUACACUGCCGCGGCAAGGGUCGGACCGAUCAAGGUCUCUGAAACGGAUAUAGUUCAAACAAGAUCAAGAUCAACAAGACAAGAGAUCAUUGAGGGUUUUAGAUUCAAAGGUCGUGUGUUCCAUUUAUUAUCUAAAAGGGUACUUGUACCACCUUCGGGACCUUCCAUGAGGCACAAUUCUGUGGUGAAUAAUCUCAGACACUAAUUAAUUAACUGGUUUUUUUUUAUUUGUUUCUUUUGGUUUAAUUUCAAUCUCUUAGAAUUUUUUUUGACAAUCAUGAAGUUGUAUUUAGAAAGAUUCUUGAAGUUGUAUUUGAUGAGAUUUUGUUUUGCUUUUAUUUAUUUAAUUUUUAUUUAAGUUUCCUUUACAUAUAUUGAGUUCAUUUACAUUUGUAAUUUCUCGGUUGGAAAGUUAUACGUAUAUAUCUUAAAAA